AUGCCUAGUCUUGACCCUUUUAUUCUUGCCAAUCUUCAACAAAUGCUAGAUGAAUUAAAUCCGUAUUAUUCUAGACAUUAUAAUACACCUAAUGCAUCUGAAGUCACUGCUAUUAUGAUUGAAGAUGAACAAAAAGUUGAACCAUUACAAUGUGAUAUAGUUCUACAUUUAUGUGAUAGUGGUUUACAAAAAAUUUUUGAAUUACACCAUACAUAUCAACCUUUAUACUAUGUUCUUAUGUUUCCAAGAGGUGAAGACAGUUGGUAUUCAUAUAUUUCUAUCAAUUAUGGUUUAUUCAUAUCUUCUGUAUAUCUCUCCAAUAAUAAUGAAGAUAUUGGAGACGACAAUGAAGAGAAUGCUGUAGUCAAUAAUGCAGAGGAGGCUGUAGCUAAUACUGCAGAGGAGAUGACAUCUCUAGAUUAG